AUGACCAACGUCACCUUCAACGCCACUGCCCAGCCAGGUGCGCUGCCCCCGUUGCCCGGCGCCAAGCUGGGGCUGACCGUGCUCUCCUUGGCCUUCAUCCUGGGCUUCCCGGGCAACAUCUUCGUGGUGUGGAGUGCUCUCUGGCGUGUCCAGAAGCGCACAGUCACCUGCCUCCUCAUUCUCCACCUGGCCUUGGCCGACUGCGCCGUGCUGCUCACUUCCCCUUUCUUCCUUCGGCUCCUGAGCGCCGGAAAGUGGGAGUUCGGCCCUGUGGUCUGCCAGCUGUGCCACUAUGUCUGCGGCGUCAGCAUGUACGCCAGCAUCUUCCUCAUCACCCUCAUGAGUCUGGACCGCUGCUUAGCUGUCACCAAGCCCUUCAUCUCCCAGAAGAUCCGGACCGCCCUGGUGGUCAGGUCCUUGGUCCUGGCCAUCUGGAUGGUCUCUUUCCUCCUUGCCUUGCCCGUCAUUUUCUACCGCAAGCUGGUGCACAGGGGCAGGCACCUGCUCUGCGACCUGUCCCAUCCCGCCACUGGCCACCUUGUCUUCCACAACCUUUUUGAGACCCUGACCGGCUUUGUGCUGCCCUUCACUGCCAUCAUCUGGAGCUACUGCGUCAUCGGGCGCAGGCUGCAGGAGACCCGCUUCCGGAGGAAGCGCCGCACCAACCGGCUCAUUGUGCUGAUUGUGGCUGCCUUCGCCCUCUUCUGGCUACCCUUCCACGUGGUGAACAUCCUAGACGUGGCUGGGGCUCUGAGCCACUCCAAGGGUCUCAUCAUGGCUGGGAAGUUGGCCCGGCCCACCCUGACGGCCCUGGCUUUCUUCAGCAGCAGCGUCAACCCCAUCCUCUAUACCUUCACCGGCGGUGCCUUGAUUAAGUCGGCCGGCAUAGGCUUCAUGGCCAAGCUCUUUGAGGGGACGGCCUCAGAGAUGUCCAGCACGCGGCAGGGGACGGGGCGGACCAUCCAGCGGCGCGAGGAGGCCAAGUUGGAGAUGCCGCAGGAUGGGAACCCAGAGAGCAUCACCGUUUCCACCAACCCCCUGGAGUAGCCCUCGGCCAUGUGGGACAGGCACUUCGACAAUCCCAUCUCAUCCAGCAACACCCUGGACUAGACCUGGGGCCAUGUGGGACUGGAGCACCACUAAUCCCAGCACAUCCACCAUCGCUCUGGACUAGCGCUAGGGCAUGUGGGAUGGGAACUCCUAACAAUCCCACCUCAUCCAUCAACACCUUGGGCUAGUCCUGUGUCCGUGUAGAACAAGAAUGGAAAAAAUCUUCCAACUGGCUCCUUCAUAGAAUAUCAGGGUUGGAAGGGACCUCAGGAGGUCAUCUAGUCCAACCCCCUGCUCAAAGCAGGACCAAUCCCUAAUUUUUGCCCCAGAUCCCUAAAUGGCCACCUCAAGGAUUGAACUCACAACCCUGGGUUUAGCAGGCUAAUGCUCAAACCACCGAGCUAUCCCUUCCCACCUUCAUGGAGCGAUGGUGAAACUGUCAAGAAUUUGCUGGGAGAGUGUGUUUGCUUCUUAUUUGGGGGUUGACCUGGUCUGAACAACCUUCCCGCAACAUCCAUUUCCCCGUUUCUCACCCAGCUGUGACUUUGCGGGAACAAACCCAGACUCCAAUAUCUCCACCUUGACACCAACAGGGACUGGCCCAGCUACACCAGGAGAAUAAUUAGACUUUGUGUAAAUACGGAAAAGGGACUCCAGUCUGAAUGGGGAUAUAUGAUUUAGGGAGUGAAGGCGCUGCCAUUGUUCUGUGGAGAGGAAGCACCCCAUCUGUUCAAAUGGCAGGGAAGUGAAAGUUGAGGGGUAGAGGAGAACGGUUGAGGGACAGAGGCAGGUGGAGGGGGAAGAGACGGAGAGAAACAGGGUGAGGGUGAGAGGGAUGGAGGGAACGUUGAGAGCUGAGGCUGGGCGAGUCCAUGUCUUCAGGAAGUUACAAGAGGCGCUUGAGGCUGCACUGGCCCCAUCCAAGAGCAGGGCCCCCAUUUUGCCAGGCACUGCACAAACCCACAGUGAAAAAGCCCCUGCUUCUAGGAAUUGCAGACUAAAUGGGCAAAGACAGGAUUAUCGUCCCUAUUUUGCAAAUGGGGAAACUGAGGCAUGCGGGAAGUGCAGCGACUUGUCAAAGGUGAUAUAGGGAGUCUGUGGCAGAACAAGGAAUAGAAUGCAGGUGUCUGGGGACCCAGUCCAGGGGCCUGAACCGCAAAACCAUCCUUCCCCUAAGUCUAUUUUCACAGCCGGAUAAAAAGGGAGUCUGGGAUUUCACCAGGUGCUUUCCUAUCUCCCAUCUGAGCGGAGAUGUGUGGUUGGCUGCUCCCAGUGGCCAGCUUGGGUACUGCACGCCAUCGUUCCAUAGAGACGCGCCUAAAAGCAGCUAUUUUAAGCUCUGGCACCUGCUUAAAACCAGGGUAGUAAGUAUGCAAUUCAUCCCGUCUAGGGGGCACCAGCUCAGAUCCAGCCCCAACUUGGGGGGGGGGAUGACUGGCUGGCUUAGCGGGUGGGGAACGGGACACACGGCCUAUCCCUGCCAGGGGGCGCUGGCUCCAACCCAGCCCCUCAGCGUGUGAAUUCACCCUCUGUGUUAAUUUGCUUAAUUAAAGGAAAGUUUCUUUGUA